AAUCAGGACGUAAUGUAACGUGAUAUUUUCCACUUGAUGAACAGAGCCAGUGUUCUCUUCAGGAUCUGAACUUUUUAUUUCUGUCCUGUGAAACGUCUUUGUGUUGUGAAAAUGUAAAUAUGAUGGAAGAGUCCCAGAGAACUGUGCAGAACAACGCCCAACUGUGCCGGCAAACACUCACACACACACACACUGCUGCCGUCAUAUCCUCUGACUGUGUGUGUGUGUGUGAAUCACAGUGAGUGUGUGUCUCAGUAUGUGAGCGUGUCCAGGCCUGCAGCAGCAGAGGACAUAAAAAGCGUCUCUCUCUGACUGUUUGCAUCACAUUUGAUUUUUUUCCGCUCGGAGCAGAUCUUAUCAGAUAUACUUUUUUUAACGGACUCGAUGAUGAACGGGAGCAGCUGUUUGGUUUCUCUCUGCGGGAUCCUGGCUGCACUGUGCGCCGUCCAGGCCACAUACACACAAGCGACGCUACAUUGUAACUGCAAUGGGAAAUCUCGGUACUGCCUUCGGGACACCUGGGGGCUGCACUGCCUCGACUGCCAGGGAAACACUGAAGGAAGGCACUGCGAGCGCUGCAAGGCCGGCUUCUACCAGGAGGGGGCAGCACUGAGCUGCACGCCCUGCGGCUGCAACUCCACAGGCUCUGCCAGUAACACAUGUGACAGCAGGGGGCGCUGCAGCUGCAAAGAGGGCGUCACAGGACAGAAAUGCGACCGCUGCCCGGACGGACCAAUCGGACCAAACGGCUGCAAGCAAAGCCGUCAGCCCAGAGAGGAUUCUGGGAGUCGGACCCUGCCGUGUUUCUGUUACGGCCACAGCAGCGCGUGUUCGGCACAGUCCGGUUACUCCGCCUACAACGUGACCUCCACCUUCAACACUGGUAUGGAUGGUUGGAAGGCAGCGACGGUUCAAGGCCACACCCCUGACAACGUUCACUUCCGCUGGUCACCGACACACCAGGACCUGGAGGUGAUCUCCAAAAACAGCCUGCCCAUGUACCUGCACGCCCCAGCUCCUUACCUGGGGAAUCAGUUGCUGAGUUACGCUCAGAACUUUUCCUUCUCGCUGCGUCUGGACCGCGGCGUCCGCCACCCGUCCACCAGCGACGUGAUUCUGGAAGGUUCCGGCCUCAAAGUGUCCGCCUCGCUGGGUGACCUGCGCUCCAUCGUCCCCUGUGGACAGAAGAUCAGAUACAGCUUCAGACUGGACGAUCAGCCCACCAGCAGGUGGAGGCCUCAGAUCUCCUCAGCCCAGUUCCAGACGCUCCUCCAGAACGUCACCGCCAUCAAGAUCAGAGCCACGUUUGGAGAGAACGGACGAGGUUACAUUGACGACGUGAAGCUGAUGUCUGCUCGGCUUGGAGAUGGCGUCCCGGCACGCUGGGUUCAGACCUGCAGUUGUCCGGAGGGGUACGAGGGGGACUUCUGCGAGAGUUGCUCGGCCGGGUUCAGACGCAGCGCCCCUUCAGACGGAGCGUUCAGCACCUGUGAGCCGUGCAGCUGCAGAGGAGGCAGCUGCGACCCUCUGACCGGAGACUGUUACUCUGCCGACGAGACACCCUGCUCAAAUGGCUUCUACAGAGACCCCUGGAGCCCCCGGUCCUGUGUGAAGUGUCCCUGUCCCGACGGAGUGUCCUGCUCGCUGGCUGCUGGUUCACUGCAGCCCCGAUGUGACGGCUGCCCCACCGGGACCACAGGUUUCCGCUGCGACGUGUGUCAGGAGGGUUUUUACGGUAACCCUGCAGGGGGCGCCGGCGUGCAGCGACCCUGCAGGCCCUGCCAAUGCAACGGCCACAUCGACAUCAACGUGGAGGGAAGCUGCGAUCGCAUCAGCGGCGAAUGUCUGAAGUGUGUGAACGACACGAGGGGGCGGAGCUGCGAGGAGUGUGAGCGAGGUUACUACCACAGCCGAGCGAGCGACGCCUGCAAACCAUGUAACUGUGACGUUCAGGGCUCCGAGUCCGCACAGUGCGAUGAUCUGGGUCGCUGUCAGUGCAAAACUGGCUUCGAGGGUCUAAGGUGCCAUCGGUCCAACUGCCCCGUCUGCUUCAGCCCUAUCAAAACAAAGAUGGAGACGUACACUGCUAAACUGAAGGACCUGGAGUCUCUGUUCUCGGACAUGAAGUGGGGAGGGAAACCAGCCAACAGUGCAGAGAUGGAGGCCGCUCUGAGAGCCACGGAGGAGCUGGUGGGGGACCUGGAGGCCGACGCCGAGCUCCUGGCAGGGCAGGAGAAGAACCUGCAGAAACGUCUUUCGUCUAUCAGUAAGAGUCAGCUCGCCGAGGGGCAGGACAUCCAAAACAUCGCCGACGCAGCUGACAACAUCAAACAACAACAGCAGACGUACAAAAACAAAGUGGACGACGUUCAGACCCUGAUAAGGGAGAUGAAACGCAAACUGGAACAGGCCAAGCAAGACCUCAGAUCAGCUGAGUUUCCUCUUGGAGAUGCUCCACUGGGAUCAAACAGCCUCUCCUCUUUGGUGACAACGGCCAACAGUCUGGCUAAUAUACACCAGACGAAGGCUGACUCUGUGGAGAAAAACGCCAAUGACGCUUUGAGUGACUCAGAGAAGAGUCUGGCUCUGGUCCGCACUCUCAUGAACAAAGAGAACAAAGUCAAAGAACUUAUCGGAGCCUUGAAAACUGAAUAUGAUCAGACCUCAGCUCAGGUGAAGGGUUUGGAGAACCAGGCAAUCCGGCUGAGCAGUAGCGCCAAAGACGAGAGCAAGAUGGCAGAGGGCAUGCUGAAAGACAUCAGCAACAUGGAGCGAGGCAUCCCAGCAUCCCUGAAGGAUGGCGUGGACGCCAUGGUUUCCAGGUUGGGCGGUCUGAAGGAUGCGGUGGAUAUCCCGGGCUUGGAGGCUCUGCAGGCCGGAGUUCAGCAGGGAAAGAUCACAGCUGGGGACUUGCUGGCCAAGGGCAAGAUUGGCCAGAAGGAGUUCAACAAGCUGUUAGACAGAGUCAACGUUGCCAAGGCGGACACUGAAGGCGCUCUGAAACGCAUCAACGGCAACACCAAAGAGCUGGACGACGCCCUGAACACCCUGAAAGGAUUCGACCAGCAGAUUGACCGCAGCAAAGCUCUGGCCGACGCCGCCAUCGAGCGUCUCCCCGGCAUCAAAGGAACCAUCGACGGGGCCGUCUGGAACAACGCCCAGACACUGUCCGUCCUGGAAGACGUGAGCAACAGCUACAACAACGCCCUGGGAACGAUUAACGUGCUGGAGAACCUGGUCAACGAUCUGGAGAAAAACAUCGGAUCUCUGCCGGAUCAUGCUCGCCUGAUGAACGAAGCCAUCAAACUGAACAAAGACGUUAAAGAUCUGAAGGUGAACGCUGCCGAAGUAUCGGGAGACCUGAUCACUGAGUUGAACGCCGCCCGGGGGCUGGGGAACGACGCCAGUCUGGCCGCCGCUGGAGCGUUAGCAGCUUUCAACAACGCCAAACAGACCAAAGACUCAGUGAGAGACACUCUGAGGGUCGUCAACAAUCUCCUUGCUAACAUGGACCAGACCGGCCCCGUGGAUGAGACGCAGCUGCUUCAGCUGGAGGACUCGCUGGCCGGCGCUGAGAGGGACGUGGAGGACCGCCUGAGGCCUCGGCUCAAGGACAUGGAGGACCAGGAGGCCGCGCACAGACGGCGUCUUACCGGCAUCAAUCAGGACAUUGACACCAUCCUGAAAGACAUCGCAAACCUGGAGGACAUCAAGCGCUCCAUCCCCGAAGGCUGCUACAACCUCCCCCCCAUCGAGGAGGCCUGAGCACCCCCCCCCCCCCCAGAGACACGUAAAUGCUCCUGAUGUCCACAACGAACACUGCAACCCCGACAAUGACCCACAGAGAUCCUUCUGUUUCAUCAGGGAGAUAAAGAUCACCAUUAAGAAAAACAUUCAGUACUUUAGUUCAUCUUUUUUCAAUAAAGUUUAUAACGAGCGAACAGGACGAUGUCAGGAGAUGAUGUUUGGGACUUUUAUAAGAUGUGAUAUUAUUUGGCGAUAGGAAAGUGGAGAUAGUGGAAUUUCAGGGCACCGGUGGCCAGGUGGUUGGUUUGAUGCCCCAUGUGAUGAGGUUGUGGUCCUCCAGGCAGGCUGCCCCGGUUCAGAGCCGAUAUGUCGUUCCCCACUCUCUCCCUGAUUUCUGACUCUGUCCACUUCCUGUCUCUAAAUAACGGCACAAAAAAAGCCAAAAACUAAAAACUAGCCUGCGAUUAAUCGCGAUUACCUGACAACCCGAAUUGUCUUUAAAUAUUGAUUCCUAAAUAGCGAUAGAUCCUUUAACCCUCUGAGGUGACAGCUUCUUUUUUCUUUGUGCUAAAUUCAAACCCAAGGUUGCCCUAACGACAUCAGUGUGACCUCGAGACGAUCUCUUCAGUAAAAACCUCACUGCCUUCGUGUCGUGUGCCACGUAAAUAUCGUGUCUGUCAGAAUCGAGUCGAUCAGAUUGUCUGUUUGUCGCGGCUCAUUCGAUCCUGAGAUGUGAUGAAACUUUCAGCGACACUAAUCUGAACUCGUCUUUCUCACUGUGCUACAGAUCAGAUUUCUAACAGACACGCUUACACGACACAUUUUUUUGUUUUUUUUGCAUGAUUGCACAGAUUCACCGCUAACACUGUCUCUUUAAGAAACCUCAUAAUAACCCUCUCAGGUAUUCGCCUCUACCAGGAUCUCUUCUCAGACGUUGACCUGCUGUUCAGAUGGAUGCUGUGUCUGUGGAACUAUGUGUUUAUUGUUUUGUUCUGAUGAUGAUGUGAUUUAUGUCUGAGUGUCAAAGUAUUAUAUUUAUAACUGUACAGACGUCAGUGUUUUCCUCCAUGUGGCCGACCAGCAGAAAGAUUUAUGUGUAAGAACUGCUUUUAAAUAAAAACCCGCUGCACUUUUUCACUUCUGA